CCUGUCAUGACAUGGUAUUCCUCGAUGAUGUUUUAGAAAAAAAAAAUGGAGAAUCUCUGGUUCGUCUUCCUCGCCGUCUUCGUCAUCACGACAGCUUUCUUCGUCACCAAAACCCUAGCGUGGCCAAAUCGUAAAGUACCCCCAGGUCCGAUCCCUCUUCCGAUCACCGGCCAUCUCCACCUCAUCCAGAACAAGCCCUUACCGCAAGCUCUGCACGACCUAUCCCUCAACUACGGCCCGUUCCUCUUCCUGAAGUUCGGAUGCCGUCCCGUUUUGGUUCUCCCUCCCCCGGAAGCCAUUGAAGAGUGCUUCACCGACCACGACAUAACCGUCGCGAACAGACCCAGAACCAUCACUUCCGACCACUUCAGCGGGUACAAGAACUUCGGUUUCGCUCCGUACGGAGAUCUAUGGCGGAAUCUCCGCCGUCUCUCGACCCUCGAAGCUUUUUCCUCCGCCAGUCUCCAGAAGAACGCUUUCGUACAGAACGAAGAAGUCUCGAAUCUGUGCUCGAAGCUCUUCAGAUUAUGUAGCAGUGAUGGUGAUGGUGAUGGUUCUCGGAAAGUGGAUUUGAAGCAUCUGUUCACGCUUUUGACUGUUCAUAUGAUGCUGAGGAUCGUAGCUGGGAAGCGAGGGGUCGAACUGAAGAAAUCGGAGGUCGACCCAGAAUCAGAAACGAGGUUAUUGGACGAUUUCAAGGCGAGAUUUUUCUCCAGCAUGUCGAUGAACCAUUGCGAUUUUCUUCCGGUCUUGAGGUGGAUUGGGUACAAGGGCAUCGAGAGGAGAGCGAUUCAGAUGCAGAGGAUGAGAGAUGAGUAUCUGCAGAAUCUCGUUGACGAAGUUCGUAGUGAGAGAAACAGAUCAAACGACCAGACGGAGAUUGCGUCAUCGGUGGUGGAGAAGUUCUUGUCCCUUCAAGAAUCAGAUCCCGAGCUUUAUCCAGACGAUGUCAUCAAAGGGAUCAUUGUGCUAAUGUUCAAUGCGGGGACGGAUACCUCGCCAGGGACGAUGGAAUGGGCAAUGUUUGUUCUUCUGAACCACCCCGAUAAGCUCGAGAAGCUAAGAGCCGAGAUCGAAGCAAACGUUAAACACGACCGCUUAAUCCGAGACUCGGAUCUCCAGAACCUGCCUUACCUUCGUUGCGUUAUCUACGAAACCCUUAGACUAUACCCUGCAGCUCCACUCUUGCUUCCGCACUAUACCUCCAAAAAAUUCAGCCUCGACGGCUACGAGAUUCCGGCCAACACUAUGGUUCUGGUGAAUGCGUGGGCGGUCCAUAGGGAUGGGAAACUUUGGGAUGAAGCAGAGGCGUUCAAGCCCGAGAGAUUCGAGGGUUUUGUCGGGGAUAGAGAUGGGUUCCGGUUCUUGCCGUUCGGGGUCGGGAGGAGGGCGUGCCCAGGAGCUGGGAUGGGGAUGAGGACGGUUGCCCUCACGGUUGGAGCCAUGGUUCAGUGCUUCGAGUGGGAGAAGAUAGGCCAGGCCGUGGACAUGAGGCCGGUGUUCAAUGUGGCUAUGGUCAAGGCCGAGCCGCUGGUCGCACGGUGCAGACCACGAGCCGAGAUGGUUCAGGUCUUGUCUCAGCUCUAGGGUUGAUCCAAAAGAUGGACUCGUGCCGAGAAUGUUUCCACAUAAAUAACCAUGGAUCUUCCAUGGCGCAAUUCAUAUAUUACUUUGUUUGGGAGUAUUAAUCCAUCUUUGUUUCGGUCCAUUCUAAAUGUUUUUUUUAAUAAAUGAUGUAUAUUAAAUCAAGUGUAUUACAUAAUAGUUCUUGCAAUAUGAUAGUAAGAGACCUACAACAAUUAGGUUGUCAACAGAUCAUAUCGAUGAAAUGCCAAAAACCAAUAUUAAACCCUUUUCCCUGCAAAAUCUGGAAAGGACAUUCGGAGGUUCGAAAUUCUGGCGUGGAACAUGGUGUCGAUAUUCCUGAUCAAGUAGUCGGUGUGUAAUACCCCGAAACCCGAUUGGAAUAUUUAAUUAUUAAAAAUGAAUAAUUAAAUAGAGAUAUCACGAAAUCA